AACAAAACAAGAAAGGAAGCAGCACAAGUGACGUGGAAAAGAAAACUUGGAAACCACAAUGAAGUAUCUAAAUAUCUCUGCCAGAAUGACUCAAGCAGACAAGAAGAAGCGGUCCACCCGCAAGGUCAAGAUGAUCCCGUCGCCCGUGGUAAUAAGGGUGCAAGCAAUACUGCAGAAGGAGAUGGUGCGAGAGUUCCUGGCCGAGCUCAUGAGCACAUUUGUCAUGAUGGUGUUUGGCCUUGGCUCCGUGGCCCAUAUGGUUCUAGGAGAAAAUUUUGGGAGCUUCCUCGGUGUCAACUUGGGUUUUGGCUUCGGAGUCGCCAUUGGAGUGCACGUGGCAGGGAAAGUCUCUGCCAACGACUUCUUCUAG